AGCGCGCGCGUGUGCUCCAGACGUGUCCCACCGCCCGAGUCACACCUCGCACCCCUUUCACCAACGGCACCAUGGACACCGACGUCGUGCACAUCUUCAAAGAGGACAGGUGUCGCUCGGCGUCCGGCCGCCCCGAGGAGUGCGGGUCCGACUUAACUUGGCAGCCCGACCUCUCGGACGAGAUGUUGUUCAACUAUACGGCCAACGAGACGUGGGACGGCGAGCCGGACUUCAUGUCCCCCAUCAUCACCAUCAUAGCCGCGGUGUACUCCAUAGUGUUCGUGGUGGGCUUGGUGGGCAACUGCCUGGUGAUGUAUGUCAUCAUUAGAUACACCAAGAUGAAGACGGCCACAAACAUCUACAUCUUCAACCUGGCGGUGGCCGACGCACUGGUCACCACCACCAUGCCCUUCCAGAUCACCGACUACCUGCUGCACUCCUGGCCCUUCGGCCGCGUGCUCUGCAAGGUGUUCAUCUCCAUCGACUACUACAACAUGUUCACCAGCAUCCUCACGCUCACCAUGAUGAGCGUGGACCGCUACGUGGCCGUGUGCCACCCCGUCAAGGCGCUGGACUUCCGCACGCCCCUCAAGGCCAAGCUCAUCAACGUGGCCAUCUGGGCGCUGUCCUCCGCCGCCGGCAUCCCCGCCAUGAUCCUGGGGAGCACGCAGACCCAUAAUGGCAGCACGGAGUGUGCCCUUCAGUUCCCCGAGCCCUACUCCUACUGGGACACCCUGAUGAAGGUGUGCGUGUUCGUGUUCGCCUUCGUGGUGCCACUGGUGGUCAUCAGCGUCUGCUACACGCUGAUGCUGCGGCGGCUGAAGAGCGUGCGCAUGCUGUCGGGCUCGCGCGAGAAGGACCGAAACCUGCGCCGCAUCUCGCGGCUGGUGCUGGUGGUGGUGGCGGUGUUCGUGGUGUGCUGGACCCCCAUCCACAUCUUCAUCCUGGUCAAGGUGCUGGUGCCCUCCGUGCCCGAGACCACGGCGGUGAUGGCGGCCUACUUCUUCUGCGUGGUGCUGGGCUACACCAACAGCAGCCUCAACCCCAUCCUCUACGCCUUCCUGGACGAGAACUUCAAGAGGUGCUUCAGGGACUUCUGCUGCGUGCCCGGAGCCUGGGGCCUGGGGGGGGGCCGGGACGGGUUCAACGGCGGCAGCGGGGGCAGCGGCCGCGUCCGCAGCACGCUCAGAGAGCACUCCUGCCCCGCCGGUAACCGUGGCGACAGGAGGCAGGGGCGUCCCGUAUGACUAGCUGUGGAGAUGUCCGUCACCCGUGACCAACAGGGGGAGGACUUCUCGAAUGACACGGGCAUGACGCAGACCACCGCAGUCUGACCACUAGAGGGCUAAUGGGGGUCAGACCACCGCAGUCUGACCACUAGGGGGCUAAUGGGGGUCAGACCACCCAGUCUGACCACUAGGGGGCUAAUGGGGGUCAGACCACCCAGUCUGACCACUAGGGGGCUAAUGGGGGUCAGACCACCCAGUCUGACGGGGCUAAUGGCGGUCAGACCACCCAGUCUGACCACUAGAGGGCUAAUGGGGGUCAGACCACCGCAGUCUGACCACUAGGGGGCUAAUGGGGGUCAGACCACCGCAGUCUGACCACUAGGGGGCUAAUGGGGGUCAGACCACCCAGUCUGACCACUAGGGGGCUAAUGGGGGUCAGACCACCGCAGUCUGACCACUAGGGGGCUGCUGGGGGUUUCUUUGCUUCUAAUUCGUCGUCCGCAGACCUGCAAUGAAGCAAAGGGUUCUUGAGUUCCUAAGGUGCCCUGCAGGACGUUAAGCCCCUUGUCCAACGACCUGGCACCGCCCCUGAUGCUAGUAGAAUGUAGCUACUCAUCAUACUCAGCGUGUGAUGUUCUAUGACAUGAUUUUUAAGAUCGUAUUUAUUUUAAGUAUUUAUUCAUUCAUUUAUUCAACUCCAACAAAGGUUUUAAUGGGAUGAAUACUGCUUGCAUACGUAUACUGUAUAUAUCACUUUAAUCUAGCCUUCAACUGCUCUAUAAGUGUAGGAAGAACGGCAGGGCAGCGACGCAGAACCCUCUAGCAUUUAAAACCAUGUGGGGAAUACAGCAUCUCCCCCAUCAAACAUAGUUCUUAUCUACCGACAUCCAUUUCCAUCUGCUGAAUGAUGACAAACAAUUGAGAAUCCAAUGUGAUAUUGAUGUUUAACUAUACAAAUAAAGAUGUUUAACUAAUAUUAAAAAGUUUGGGAUUUUCAAAAUUCGAUAGAGGGUCUCUGAGGCAGUGUUGAACAAGAUAACUGUUAAUCCUGGCCAACGUUUGUUGUAAUGUGUUUUUCAAUUUAAAUAUUUCUGCUGUAAAAAUUUAUAUUCGUCAGCUGUGGUGACAGUUGUAGGUACAGUACAGGUACAGUUUGAUGAAUAUAUACAGUUAUGGUUGGGUUUCAUAACAAGUAUUUUCCCAUUUUCCCAUGGAAAAAGUAGAACAUGAUUUAAUGGCUUCUUGUAAUGUGAAAUGUUAAGAAUAGGGUUGUGUUCAUUCAUUUAGAAUACCAUUCAAAACAUAUUGUUAUCUCUUUAAAAAAAGAAUAUUGGUGAAGCUGUUAAAUAUGAAGGCCUUGUGUUGUGUGCCUUAUCCUUAUAGAAUAUCAUUGUGUUUUCAUAAUGUUAUCAACAUUAUGUUAUUAUUGUAAUAUAAAUAUGAUGUCAAGAAAUAUGUUUGCAAAAAUUGGUAUCAUUGUGCAUAAAAAACCUACCAUAUCUAAAAAAGACAAACGUGUUGGGGAUGUGAGUGUGACAUUCAAUCAUGCGUGCAAAUAGCGCAACUGCAAAGCUUUGGUGGCUUGUUACUUCAACCCUUAUCCAUCACAAAAGAAGAAGGACAACACUCUUCUUCAUCACUGUCUUAGUACAUUCCGUCCUUUCCUGUCUGCAUCCAUUGUACUUUUCACUGCUUUACUCUUGUACUGUAACAUGUGGGCUGAGAUGCACUCAAUAAAAAGUCAUU